AUGAAUGCGGUGUUAGAAACAGAGGAAACAGAAGAAUGGGAUCCUGAAGAUAAUCUACCUAUUGGUAGAUAUCUAGCCGAUUGGUUACAAAAUCUAUCAGAAAGAGGAUUGAAGACAUGUAAAAAAAAUUUAAAUUCUUGGUUUGAAGGGAUCGAAGAAAGAGAAAUUACGACAGAUGAAGAAAUAUGUGAAACAGUACAAGAAGAAGAAAGCUUUGUAGAAAUAUUGGAGCCAACAACUAAUACAACUGUAAGAGUUAAACCAGUGAAGCAUUUAGUUGUUUCAACACCUGCAUAA